GCCACAAUUGAGAAAAAUGGCGACGUCCUGUCAUUGAUGAUUGAAGCACGCGCAAGGCAGCGGGAAACGGUGGUACAAUUCCAUCAUUUCUGUUUGCCCAAAUGUCCUCGCCGUUAUGGAUGCAUUACGUUCGAUGAAGAACGAGAAAUGCCUCAUUAAAAAGUUGAGUUUAGUUAAGAAAGUUCGUGCUUCCGUGAACGAGGUAUCGGGCGACCUCCACGAGUUAGACAGAGCUGUCAUCUCGGAGUUCGCGGCUUCGCUGGCGUUCAGCGGAAUCCCCAAGGAUUUGGUUGCGGACGAAGAGCGGGAAUACACGCGGAGCGACUUCAGAGGCAUCGCCGAACUGGCGACCGAAGGGCUGCUUUGCGCUCGGUCGCUUCUGGAACGUUCACCGGAAUAUCUGGAGGAUCGCGAAGUCACAACUGCGCUGGCUCUCGUGUGCUUCGCGCACGUCGACGCCGAACAACCCUGGUGCCGCGAGUCAUCAUCCAAAGCGUCGAAAGGUUUCCUGGAAUUUUUGGUGUCCAACGCCGCUUCCUCGGGUCGACUGGCGCUGGCCGUCCUCAAACACAUUCAGCCAAAGCUCAAGAAAAACACGUGGAAGAAAAAUCCGUGUUACAGGCACGUCUACAAGAAUGCCUUAUACCAACUUGGGGAUUCCGAGUCUUCGGACGCCCUGUCGUUGCUGCUUCCACCGGGUCUGUUGCUCGUGGACGACUACAUGACCCACAACCAACGACUCGGUAUCCAGUGUGUCCAACACAUUAUCUCUAAGGCGACGCCAACCGAACUUCAGUGGCAUGGUCACUUCGACGUCAUCUUCGACGCGCUUAAACGUCUCCUGUACGUCAAAGAACCGGAAGUCAUAACAGAGCUUCACAGCUGUCUUCGACGCCUGCUCUUCGGAGACAGCAAUGAGGGCCUGCGCCUGUUGCACCUGAAGAGCGAAGACUGUCUGCGAAAGGGCGAGGAAGUCUACGGCGAAUUGCUCACGGCAGCUUAUGCAGAACAGAAGUUUGUGCUCCGGACUGCUUACUCGAGCCAGCUUGCAGCCUACAUCGAAUGCUUGGGUAUAAACGUUGUCAAGCACAUGAGGAAGACACUUGAUGUGGUCCUCGAAUAUGUAGAAGCUUAUGACACUGCCGAACAAGCGAGCCGUAGAAAUGGUCUCUUAGCUCUGGCAGCGCUCAUCAAGUGUGCCUGGCCUAGGAUUUCGCAUCACUUUCGACGGAUUGCAGAGUGCCUCUUCCGCUUGGCAUAUGACCUUAAGGAGCAUGACAAGGGUGAUUUGCGGGACGAAAUUGCAGCCUGCUUACUCUUACUUGAAGCUGCAUGCCCAGAGCAGUUCAUACAGUUUACCAAAGACUUGACCAGCUUACAAGAUAGAGGCAUUCCAGGUGUUGCACUGCUCUUGGAAUGUAUCAACGCGAUACAGCGUGAAUGACUGCUGCUGCUUACCGUAAUGUUCCUAGAGAUAGCCUGCCUAAAAUAAGGCACGAUUCGGGUGAAAACUGUGAGUGGGCUAACUUGCAAUGUAUAACCAAGGAAGGAUGAAAAAAGAAAAACUUCUAGGAAAAGAAAUAUUUAAACGAGCUAUCACUGUCAAACAUAAUGUUGAUCACUCCGUCACAUAGGUCUUGCGACCUUAUAACAUAUCACAGCAAGGGUGCUAUGAACCAGACUACUGUUCUUCCCAUUCAGUGUUUAUCGCCUGCCUAACUGUCCUCGUUUUCGCCGAGGUCACCAUUGGCUUGGACAGUGCAAUUACUUAAAGUGGGCUAGCUUUCGGUGUUUUGAAAAAUAUACCGAAAUUUGCCGAAAGUAUGGUUGGAUUAUGUUUCCGAGGUGGUACAUCUCUUGGGAUAUUACCGUAUAAUUCUAGUUGCUUUCGGGAAAGAAUGAGAUACCAGAGUU